AUGCCCGAUCAAGUUCUCGACGACAUUUCACAUCGUCGCUACAACCCGUUGACCGGGUCUUGGCUCCUUGUCUCACCCCACCGUACCAAGCGGCCCUGGCAAGGUCAGCAAGAGGCUCCCUCCAAGAAUGAGCUUCCGGAGUACGACCCAAAGUGCUAUCUUUGCCCGGGCAACAAGCGAGCCCAAGGAGACAGCAACCCGGAAUAUCAGAACACCUUUGCCUUUGUCAACGACUACAGCGCUGUCAAAGAAGAGCAGCAGGAAUACCGUCCAGAUGCCAGCAAAGAAGACAUCGCUGCCUUUCUUCUACAAGCGCAGCCCGUCACGGGACGUUGCUAUGUACUCACGUUUUCGGCGAAGCACCAUGUCACACUCGCCGACAUGACCGCACAAGAGAUAUUGCCCGUGAUUCAGACCUGGACUCGGAUCUACGCCAGCCAUAUGUCUUCUUCACACCCGCUCAAAGCGCAAGCCGAAGAGGCACUGUCGCGUAUCCCACCCAACCCGGAUGGCGAGGUAAGCCGGCCCGAGCAUCAGCUGCGGUUCAUGCAAAUCUUUGAGAACAAGGGGGCUGCGAUGGGUUGCUCGAACCCGCAUCCCCAUUGCCAGAUCUGGACGACCAGCACGAUGCCCGAGGAGCCAGGCAAAGAGCUGGCGCACAUGACCAAGUAUAGGGAGGAGCGUGGUCGGCAUCUGCUCGAGGACUAUGCCAAGCUCGAGAUGGAAAAGGCAGAGCGCGUGGUGUGGCAGAACGAUAGCUUCCUCGUCGUCUGUCCCUGGUGGGCGGUGUGGCCGUUUGAGGUACUUGUCAUUGCGAAACGCCAUGUUCGCGCGCUUGUCGACCUCUCGGACGAGGAGCGGCUUCAGUUUGCCGAGGCGGUCCAAGAGGUCACACGACGGUACGACAAUUUGUUCGAGACGAGCUUCCCAUACAGUUCCGGCAUUCACCAAGCUCCACUGGACUGUACCGAGGAAGAGGCUGAGACGAGCUGGUUCCACAUGCAUUUUUACCCGCCUCUGCUCCGGUCCGCGACCGUCCGAAAGUUCUUGGUCGGAUUCGAGCUGCUGGCCGAGCCUCAGCGGGAUAUCACUCCGGAGCAGGCGGCUGCCCGGCUCAGGAAUUGUGGUGGGCAACUGUAUCGCAAGUUGUUGAACUGA